AUGGGUAUCUUUGGCAGAUCCCGUGCGCAUACUACAAAUCAGAUAUCACAGCCAGUUCUCACAUUCUCCGAUGCUGCUCCUAGGGAGGAUCUGCAGGCGCUGAGACCAGCCCAUUCUCCGAGACCGUAUACGGCAAAAGCUGGAAGAAGUGUUGAUGGUAGGGGACGUCAAAAUGUAACCCAGGGAUUUGACUUCACAGUCACGGAGCCUCACGAAGAUCCCUCAACAUCAGAUCCAUCUUCUCUCAAUGACCAUGGAGUGGACGCAAAUGCAAUUGGCAUUGCCUUGGGUAGUCCCAGUAUGGCGCCGCCGCCACAAAAUCCUCCUCCAUCUGCUCCCGAGAAGCAGGAGAUGACGACAAGCACGGGGUUGUUACGCCGGAAGCCGAGCAAGUGGAAGAAAUUCGGGGGAUUGCUCAAAUCGAGACAACCGGAAACGAAGCGAACGCGCGAAGGGUUUUAUCAGCUUGACGUAGAAACCGUUGAAAAUGAAAAAGUCUCUAGCUCCCAGCAUCUAAUAAACCAGACAGAAGUUCCAGCACCUAGUCAGAAAAGGAAUGCGAAACCAACCCCUCCGAAAGACCAGAGGCACGGCCGUAAAAUCGACAAUCAUCAUGCAGAUGCGGAAAGUUCUUUACUGAAAGUCGAUAUUCCUCCUGUUGAGAUGGAACGGUAUAGCAUUAUGUUUGGAAGCGUCCUUGGAGAAAAGCCAUCGUCCAACUUGCUGUCUCGUCGGAGCAAAGCAUUGGACCAGCUCCAUGUCCAUGGCGGAGAACCCAAGCGCCCUCAGACUUAUAAACCCCAUCGCCGUGGUACGUCACCAGGAACAUGCAGAUCCCCAGUGUUUCCUGGAGCUUCUGGGGGGGAAAUGACGGAUAAAAAUAUCGACAGCAACCACUUGGCUCCUAGAAGCCCCAUUCGAUCAAAUACCUUUCCUAGAGCAGCCGCACUAUCCAGAAACAAUCAUAAGCGCCAUCUGGCUGUGCCUGACCUUACGCCUGCAUUAUCGACGGGCACAUCGUUCGACUACUCCUCAGCAGAACCGUCACCCAGCUCAUUUGAAUCACCGGUCAUCAUCAAGUCCCAAAUCGAUGGAGGAAGGCCAGAACCAGUCUGGGAAAUGGUAACCAAACCCUCGUCAUCCAUCCCCCUCGAGACCAGCUACACCACCCGUCCGAAUACUAAGUCGCCACCACUUCUACGCAUGGGUAGCGUCGAGCAGCCCAAGUCUGCGACCGUAACCCCGAGAAAUAAAGUUGAAACCGAGGAAGACGAUAAAUUGCUUCUCGACCAACCUUCUGCACCCCAACAUCCACACCAACUCUCUCGAUCACACACAAUGCCACUGCCACUCAAAAUCAAAAAGAACAAAUCCGAGAUACAGACAAAAGCAUCUGCAGCAACAACAACAACAACAACACCAACAGAUUCCGAUGAUUCCCCAAUUGCGAAAACCAUUGAAAUCUCUAUUGCUCGAUCUGUGUCCGUUACCCGAAGGGUACCCAAACAGACCCUCGUACCCUUGGGUGCCACUCCGCAGGCAUUUCAUAACGAGAAUGAACGAUUUGGCGAGCAUCAGAAGCUACUACCUACAUUAGUGGACGUCGGUGGUGGUGAAUAUAGUGGCGUUCAUCGGCAUCAAAAAUCGCAGGAUAUUAUCAUCGAAACGAUAUAA